CAGAGCUCCUAUCAUGGCAGGUGCACCCAUUUCAACCGCCGCGCCAGUUCAAGGCCAACAGCCUGCUCCUGCGCCGCCAAGGUAUGCUCCCCCACCGCCACAACCAUACGCAGCCCCACAACCACAAGCACAACCAUAUGCAGCGCCACCACCACAACCCCAAGCACAACCGUAUGCACCACCGCAACCCCAACAAUAUGCAGCACCACCGCCACAACCGCAAGCACAACCAUAUGCAGCACCGCCACCACAACCAUAUGCACCGCCACAACCGCAACCCCAGCCCCAACUCCAACCAUAUGCAGCACCGCCACCACAACCAUAUGCACCGCCACAACCGCAACCCCAGCCCCAACCCCAACCAUAUGCUCCGGCACAAUCACAACCACAACCGUACGCGCCACCAAGUACCGCCACUCUUUCAAGUGUCCUGCCAUACGGCGGUGGCCCACCGCCGGCGCCGGCUCCAGCUACUUACCCUCCUGCAUCUACCGCCUACUCCGCGCAGCCUCCUUAUACGACAAAUCCUCCAAGUUCGGCACCUCAAUCUCCUUACCCAACGUAUCCUGCUUCCUUCUCAACUCCUCAGUCAGCCUUCCCUUCAGCUCCAGCGGCACCGUUACCUUAUCCGGCCGCUCCUAAUGCGGUGGCGUAUCCGCAGCCAUACUACAGUGCUGCAGCCCAGCCACCCUCUGCCCCGGCAGGCUACCCACCAGGUGCCUACGCACCUCCUCCGUAUUAAGAUCUACGGUUCCACGAAAAUCUGAGCAAUCUGUCGUUGAAGCGGAGAAGACGUACGAAAGAAUUCACCGGCAAUAAUUAAUUCAUCUCUGAGAUUUCUCCAUCCCCUUUGUUUUUCUUUGAAUUUCUGCCUAGAAGAAAAGAAACAUGUGUUUGUUGUUUGGAUGUUAUAAUUUACUUAAUUUGUUUUGGCUGCAGAUCAACCUUGAUCACUUAAGCUUUGUAAUUCUUGCAAUGACACUUCUUCUCUUUUAUUCAA